GCGCGCGCGUUGGAGUGGGGGGGGGCGAAGCGGCGGCGCGGCCCAGGCCCGCGUCCGUCCCUGCGCCCUGCCGUCGGGGCAGCGCCGCCUCUGUGCGUCCCGCCGGGGCAGCGCUGUCCCCGGGCUGGGCCGACGUCCAUCCCCACAACCCUCCCGUCGGGGCAGCGCUGCCUCCGUCCAUCCCCACAACCCUCCCGUUGGGGCAGCGCUGCCCCCAGGCUGGGCCCAUGUCUGUCCCUGUCAUGUCCCCAUCAGGGCGGCUCUGUCCCCGCAACCCACCCGUCGCGGCAGCGCUGCCCACCUCACCUCCCCCCCCGCCUCGUGCCGUCGGUGCUCCAGUUUCGGGCCGCCUGGGAUCGUGUCACCCGGUGUCACUGUUGCAGCCGGUGCAGACGGCUCCCUCCGGGUCGUGUGUCCACCCUGGCAGAUCUGGUUUCCCCCGCCGCUGCAAUCUCACUCCUGGGAAUGGGGGAAUCGGAUUCGGGGCGGGCAGCGGCAGAGGUCUGGGCUGGUGUCGCGCCACACGGCAGUGGGGAGCGGAGGGCCAGCGAAGGGGGUGGCUGGGGAGAAGGGGCGCGUGGCAGGCUGCACCGGCUGAGGCAUGUUCUUCUUCUUCCAGAGGCCGCGGCAGCCGAGCGCCGAAAGCUCGGCCGCUCGCGCGGUGCUGCCCGCCUCCCGCCGGUGCAAGGAUGGGGGGCAUGGCGCUGGCAAGAGGGGUGGCUGCGGCCUCCGCCAGGCCCCACGGCCCGGGGGGCAGCAGAUAGGCCCCCGCACAGCUGCCAGCGCCAAGCGCCGCAGCGGGUCGCCUGGCGAGUGCAGCCCAUUUCCCGAGGAUCAUCCUUCGGCCGCUGAGGACGCGGGGCCCGAGGUGCCCUCCGCCCCCGGGCAGGAUGGGAAGCAGCACUCCAGCUGCCCGGCCUCAGGCCCCCAAGACCCUGACGAGCUGGCAGAGGCCGCGCAGUCGCCUCCACUGCAGAACUACUCAGUGCUGCACGGGCUGGUGGGGCCAGCCUGCAUCUUCCUCCGCCAGAGCAUCGCCAUCACCCAGCUGGACCGAGAGCUGCGGCCGGAAGAGAUCGAAGAGCUGAAGCAGGCCUUCCGGGAGUUCGACAAGGACCAUGACGGGUACAUCAGCUACAAGGACCUGGGCGAGUGCAUGCGGACCAUGGGGUACAUGCCCACCGAGAUGGAGCUCAUUGAGCUGUCGCAGCAGAUCACGGGUGGCAAGGUGGAUUUUGACGAUUUUGUGGAGCUGAUGGGCCCCAAGAUGCUGGCAGAAACAGCGGACAUGAUCGGGAUCAAGGAGCUGCGCGAUGCCUUCCGUGAGCACUUCCCUCGCAGUUCGACACCAAUGGGGAUGGGCAGAUCAGCAUUGCGGAGCUGCGGGAGGCUAUGCGCAAACUCUUGGGGCAGCAACUCAACUACCGCGAGGUGGACGAGAUCCUCAAGGACGUGGAUCUCAAUGGGGACGGCCUGGUGGACUUCGAAGAGUUUGUGCGGAUGAUGUCGCGCUGAAGGCAGCGCGUGCCAACAUGGGACAGGAGCCCUGCCAUGCCUUACAAAGAGGAGAGGGCCGCAGAGGAGACUCCUAGCUCUGUCUGCAGCACGGGAGGACUCCUGGAGCACGGGCUGCAUUGGGGCAAUGCAACGCCCAAGCCCUAGGCAAGGCCCUCACUUCUUCAGCACUGGACUUGCUCAGCCUCAUCCUUGGCCGCACGCCUGUCCUGCUGCCAAGCUCGAAACGCGGUGCAGCGUGCCUGGGUCCACACCAACCCCCCUUCAAUGCGGACUCAGCAGGGCUUUGGCUGCUCUUGCCCUGAUCUCUGUGCUGGACAGUUUACGCUGCAUGGCUCUGAUCUCUCUCCCUUUCUGAGUUCCCUGCUUUCCAACCCCUCUUGUCCUGUUUCCUACCCCUGCAGCUCCCCGCUUCCCACCCCAACUUUAACUUGGCUUGCUGUUCCCAUAAACUCCUAGAAACAUCUUCAGCCCCUACCCCACAGCUGUGGUCCAGCUCCAACCUACUGGAUCCUUCCAUCCCUGCCCACCAACCGUGCUGGCUCACCACGCCGUCCUGAUUUUGACCCCUGUAUCCAACUGUAAUGCUGACCCCUAGCCCCUCAGUCUUGACCCUGCACUCUGACCCUACCUCCAUGUCAUGAUUUAGGGCUAACUUCACAGCGUGACCUGGAGCCUGCCUCCUUCCAGUUGUCUGCACUAGUUAUUGUGGUUUCUGCUCAGACCAGAUGCACCUGUGUGUGGAUCUACCCGAGACCCUUGUGUUCUGCUCUGUCCCGCCCUGUGUGGAAGAGGCACCCCUUGGCUUCCAGACCCGAGUUUGCGGCCAGCACAGGCCCUUGGAGAUGCUGUCGUCUCACCCCCAGAGCAAGGGAUGUUCUUCGGGUCUUAAGCCUCUUUGACGGGAAACCCUUGAGGAAAGAAAUCAAGAAUAAAACAUUACUGUUUGAGUGAA